AUGUCAACACAGAUCCAACCCAGCGGGUACGAGGCUGACACAUUCAAUGAACCAGAUUUAGAAGCUCAAUCAUCAGACACUUUACAUGGUCCACAAAAUGAAGAGUGUGAUCAGGAGACAGAAUCAAGAGAAUCAAAUGCAGUUGAUGAAAAGAAAGAUAUAGAUCCAAAUGAAGUUAUGUUUGAAGUAAAUGAUCCAGAUAAUACAAACUCAAAUAUGUCUUUGGUGAAAAAAUGGUCAGUAGUUGCGGUUCUAUGCUUUGCAACAGCUAUAAUAACAAUGCUUUCUUCAGUUUGGUCUUAUUCUGAACCUUCAAUCUCACAUAAAUACCACGUUGGAAGGGUUGUUGGUACACUAGGAAUAACACUCAUCAUGGUUGGUUUGGGGAUUGGACCAAUGCUUCUUAGUCCUUUGUCAGAGAGAUAUGGAAGGAAGCCAAUGUAUAUAUUGGGUCUAAUCUUGAGUUGUGCUUUUCAAUUUCUAACUGCAUUUGCUGAUAAUCUUGGUGGUAUAUUGUUCGGUAGAUUUAUGUCAGGUUUCUUUGGAAGUGUGUUUGUUAGUGUGGUCAAUGGAACAUUCACAGAUAUUUUUAACAAGUCUGAAAUUGCACCAGCUAUAGCUAUUUUUGGAGUUUCGCCUUUUGUUGGUCCUUCAAUUGGUCCAUUGUUUUCAGCUGGUAUAAAUAAAUACUUGAAUUGGAGAUGGCCAUUUUAUAUCAUGUUGAUGUUACACGGUGUUUCGUUAAUAUUGGUAAUAUUAUUCGUUCCUGAAACAUAUGAGCCUGUUUUAUUACUCAAAAAGGCAAGGAAAUUAAGAAAAGAAACUGGUAAUGAUAGUUUAAGAUGUGCAUUAGAAAAGGAGGAUCAUGGAUCACUAUGGAUGACAAUACUCAAAGCACCGAAAAGACCAUUUUUAUUACUCUUAAGAGAUCCAAUGAUUUUAAUCUUAUGUAUAUAUACUGGUUUAGUUUUGGCAAUUAUUUACUUGUUCUUUGUGGCUUUCCCAUAUAUCUUCAAAACUGUUUUCAAAUUUGAUAAUAUAUCACAAGGUUUAUCAUUCUUAGGAUUACUUAUUGGGUUAUCUAUAGGUGCAUGUGCUGCUCCUAGUUUUCAAAACCAUUAUAAUAGAAUCGAAGCAAAAGGUAAAGCGGAACCUGAAGAUAGAUUAUACGCUCUUAUCUUAGCAAGCUUUUUACUUCCAAUUGGUAUGUUUAUAAUAGCAUGGACAUCUUUUUCUUAUUUACAUUGGAUUGGUCCUAUAAUUGGUAGCACAGUAUAUGGAGUGGGAUGUUCAUUAGCGUUUACGGGUGUUAUUGGCUAUAUUGCUGACGCUUAUAAGUUGUACUCAGCUAGUGCUAUGGCAUGUAAUAGUCUUGUUAGAAGCUUUAUGGCUGGUGGGUUUCCCCUAUUUGCCUUACAGAUGUAUGAAAAAUUGGGAGUCAAUUGGGCUAGUUCAUUGUUAGCAUUUUUACUUGUGGUUAUGAUACCAUUCCCGCUCUUAUUCUUCAAGUAUGGUAAGAGUAUUAGAGCAAAGAGUCCGUAUGCUUGGAAUGUAGAAUAG